AUGUCAAUAUCGACGCUGUCGUUGUCAUUAUUAUUAUUAUCAUUAUUAUUAUUAUUCGACACGUUAUCGAUGACGUUAUCAGAACCGCGAAUCAGGGAGGAAAUUUGCAUACCCGGAUCGAUAUUUAAAAAAGGUUGCGAAAUGUGUUCAUGUUCUCCGGAUGGACAAAUUUUAUCAUGCGUUCCAAUAAGUUGUAAAAAUCUUAAAUUUUAA